CCCAGGGCAUCAUGUUUCAGUGGGCAGAAACAUGCAAGUGAACAUCUUUAUAGCAAACCUUGUUCUUAAUGGUCCCAAUUACCAUUUGAAUCAGGCCAGGUUCUGAAUACGCUUUUUGUUGAUGUUGCUUUACAGGGAGGACCCGUCCUUGCCACUCCCAUCAGAGAGACGGAGACCCUGGAGAAUCAAAGCUGCAAACCCAACCAGUUGGCACUGGAAGAUGUGACCAUGGAGCAAAAUUUGGUUCUUGUCAAAGAAGAGUCUGAGUGGCGUCGUGUCCACCUCCAUGUGAAGUCUGAGGAGAGCGAAGAGCAAAUCUCAGUUUUGGAACCAGAAACGUUCGAUGGCGUUAAACGAGAGGAUUCUGAGCAGGUCCCCAUUGGCUUUGGAAUGCCAACGCAAAAGGCCAUCGCCCUGUCCAAAGAAGAUGCGUCCUCAGUGGUGGCCUCGACAAUUUUUGUGGUGGGUAGAGAAAUGACUUAUUUGGGGUCAAUGAGGAGGGGACCCUCUGCCUCUCUGCAAAAUCCCGAAUUUCACAACUCAGAGGGCAGGUGUACAGAGUUGGCACGUUACAAGAGAGGAGUGACAGAGCGGCGGAUGUCUACAAAAUGGUCUGGAGCAGCAUCUUCAGAGGAAAGAGGCAGAAUCUCCUCAUCCUCUUAUGAUCAAAACUCUCUUCAGGGCAAACCUCAGCUGAUGCAACAUAAUGGACAUUUGAAGACGUCUGGACUUGAGAGCUUUACACUGACCUCAUUUCUUUGCAGUCCUGUGCUGGGUGUGAAUAUCACUCGGCCAGAUACUCAUCCAGAGAUGCACAAUCCAACCCCAGUUACUUUGUACAUCUGCCAAGAAUGUGGGAAACGUUUUAAAUGCAAAUUUGACUAUAACAGACAUCGGAGCACUCACGAGGGUGAAAAGCCAUAUUGCUGUUUUGAAUGUGGCAAAACAUUCUCACAAGCCAGCUACCUUCAGAAGCAUGCUAGAAUUCACACGGGUGAGAGGCCUCAUUCGUGUUCUCAGUGUGGCAAACAGUUUUCACGAACAAGCCAUCUUCAGAGUCAUACAAGAAUCCACACUGGAGAGAAACCCUAUUGCUGCUCUGAAUGUGGUAAACGAUUCUCAGAAGUUAGCACUUUGAAAAAUCAUAAAAGAAUUCACACCGGAGAAAAACCCUAUUGCUGUUCCGAAUGUGGAAAGCGUUUUUCAGAAUUAAGCAAUCUUAAAAGUCACAAGAGAACUCACACUGGAGAGAAACCCUAUAGCUGUCUGGAAUGUGGGAAGCAAUUCUCCCGGACAAGCAAUCUGCAGAAUCACAAAAGAAUUCACACUGGAGAAAAGCCUCAUUGUUGUUACGAAUGUGGCAAACAGUUCUCAGAAAUCAGAAGUCUUCAGCGCCACAUACAAAUUCACACUGGAGAGAAGCCUCACUACUGCUCUGAAUGUGGCAAGAGAUUCUCACGAUUAAGCCAUCUCCAGAGACACGCAAAAAUUCACACAGGAGAGAAACCUUAUUUCUGCUUGGAAUGUGGUAAACACUUUUCGCAACUGAGCAGUCUGCAAAUUCACAAGAGGAUUCACACGGGAGAGAAGCCUCAUGGGUGUUCUGAAUGUGGCAGACAAUUUUCGCAGUUGAGCAGUCUUCAGAGGCACCGACAGAUUCACACUGGGGACAAGCCCCACUCCUGCUCUGCAUGUGGCAAACGAUUCUCACAGAUCAGUCACCUGAAAAGACACACAAGAGCGCACUCUGGGGAGAAGCCCUAUUGCUGUUCUGAUUGUGGCAAGCGAUUUUCACAAGUUAGUACCCUUGAGAGACACAAGAUCUCGCACCUGAGGAAGACUUUGUUGUUAAAAUUAAACCAGGGGUGUGACUAUAAAGAGGAGACUCUACAGGACCGGCGUUGGCUCAUCACACUAAACAUGGCCUCGCCCCCUGGUGUCACAGGACAGAAACUGGCCCGCGUCAAGGAGGAAGACUGGGAAUGUGGAUCUGCCGUGCUUGUGCCAGAGGGUGUCUGCGUGAAGUCGAAUGUCUGGGAAGGAAGAAUUGUGUGUUUUAAACAGGAGGAUUGCAAGGAGCAAUUGGUCAGCAUUAAAGCAGAGGAUUCAGAGGUGGUUCUGAGUUGCCUUGAAAUACCCAACCUUGAAGGCGUGGAGCUAGCCAAAGACCAUCUCUGCACACCGGAUCGAUUUCCCAAAGAGACGGGCAGAGAUCAACAAGCGGAUUCUGGCUUUCCCUCAUCUGCAAUAACUGAGACAUCUCUUCAACGCAGACCUCCACACAAAGACCCCAGUGAUGAUACAAAGACGUCAAACUCUGGAUCAAGGAGCUCUAUGGAGCUGAGCAUUCCUCCUGUUGGGGAAUUAGCGGAGAUGGUCACCAUCAAUACCCCAGAAGCGUACAGUGCUAGUCCAGAAGCUUUAUCGCUCUCCAAAGAGUGCUCCAAACGUUUUCAACAGCAGCCUGGUUCUAAAUAUCAUCCAUGGGUUCCUGAGAGUCAAAAGCCGUAUUGCUGCUCUGAAUGCGGCAAACAGUUUUUGCGCCGAGGUGGCCUUCAGGUUCACUCCAGAAUUCACACUGGGCAGAAGCCGUAUUGCUGUUCCGAAUGUGGCAAACACUUCUCAAGCAGUGGCACCUUUCUAGUUCACAAAAGAAUUCACACCGGGGAGAGGCCAUAUGGUUGUCCCGAAUGUGACAAACGAUUCUCAUGCAGCGGGGGCCUUAAGAAACAUAUCAGUAUUCACACCGGAGAGAAGCCUUAUUGCUGUUCUGAAUGUGGCAAAAGAUUUUCACGCAUGAGUAUCCUUCAAAGCCACAGGGGAAUUCACACCGGAGAGAAGCCCUUUGGGUGUUCAGAAUGUGGCAAAAAAUUUGCGUUCAGCAGCAAUCUCCUGGCGCACAAAAGAAUUCACACGGGGGAGAAGCCCUAUUGUUGUACUGAGUGUGGGAAAUGCUUCUCGUACCAAAGUAGUCUUCGCAACCACAAAAUAGUUCACACAGGAGAGAGGCCAUAUCGCUGUUCUGAGUGUGGCAAGCAGUUUUCAUGCGGUGGGAAUCUCAAGAAACACAAAAGACUCCACACUUUGAAAGCGUCAGCGAUACAACAGGAAUUGACAGCUAAGGAGUGACACUUGGGAGAAAUUCAAUUCCGAGAUGUGUGCAGCUAAGGAGUCUGUAAAAGCCUAAUUAAGACAAAAACACUAAGAAGAACACGAGAGAGUGUAUUCACAGAACAAAACACAAUUCUUCAGAGAUCCCUGCUCACCCUCACUGAAGUGCAAGUUAGAAACCUCCUAACAAUCCUCGUUUUAUUUUGCAAGUCAAGUGCUAGGAACCCUAUGUGGUCGAUGACCUGACCCAUGGAUAACCUUAAAAACAGGUGUGUGACAUGGAUGAGCAUCUCGUCAUCAUCAUCACCACCAUCAUUGUCAUCAUCUGCUGAUCUGUGCACUCGAUGCUUCAAGAGUCAAAUCGAUAAGUGAUAAAAGGGAAAAGUGGAGACUCGGGUAGGUAGUGUGGACUCUCACGCUCUCGUUUGCAGGAUUCAGAGCACUGAGCUCCACCUACAGCACAAAGUAUUGUCAGACAUGUCCGAAUAGGUAGAAACUGGUAGUUUGCAGAAGAAGCAAUGCCACUGCUCUGCUGGCAAGACUUUCUCCUCUUUUACAUCCAGGACUGAACCUGCCCUAUGGCCAUUCACCAGAAGUCCCACCUCUUCCUCCCUGUUGAGAUCAAUUUUGCCAGAAGUUAGGGUCCAAGAUCGAAACGUCUCUUCUGUGAGUAGUCAUGGUGCCAUAGAAGAAUCUUGCAUUGAUAGUCACCACUGACCUUAAUUGUCCCAUUUGUCUUUUGUGUGCUACUAUUAACUUUCUUUUUGUCUUCGUCAUAUGGUGCAUACCCUUGGGAACCCCAACUGUUUAUCCUAUCUUUGUAUUUUAUUACUUUGGUGUAGUCGGCAGGAUUUAAAACAUUGUAGAAAUGACAGAACCAGCAUACCUUGCAAUACUUAACAAGCACCGGAAUAACAAGUUUCACAGUGGCGUAGUCGGCAGGAUUUUAAACACCAGAUGAGGAAGGCUGAUGUAGCCAAUUUAUAUAACCCCGUAUAUAACGAAGACAAAAAGAAGGUUAAUGAUAGCAACAAAAAACAAACACAGGACCAUUAAGGUGAGUCCUGAAAGUCAACGUAUGUCAGUGGUGUCAGAAGAAAGGACAAAAGCCACAAAACGGUUUGGGGUAGCCACCUCGUAUAUUUGUUGGUAGGUUGUUGUGAGAAAUAAGAAACUGACUUUCAAAAACUGAGUUCUACAUGACCCGCUGCCUGUUUUUGUAUGACCCCAUGUCUUUUUCUUUGGAUGACCCCAUGUCUGCUUUUAUACUACAUCACCCUUCAUUUGGAGGGUGCAGGCUAUGGACAGGUGACCACUUCACAGUGAUACUUAGUGUCGAUAUGCACAUAGGUGAACUGUAUAUGUUACUUCUGACACAGACGUUAAUGGAUUUUACCUGGAUGGCAAACGUCAACAUCUAUAGUGUCUGCCGAUAUGUUCGAGGAAUCCUUCAGGCAAGACCAUUUUGUCCGAUUUGAAAAAGGCAGGGGUCCCUGUGAUGGUCCCAUAAUGUAGUAAACAUGGCCCGUCACCCUGAAACAGAUGCAAGACAUUGCUAGCAUCGUUUUCUUUCCCUUUAGAUUGAAGUUUAGGGAUCCGUGCACAGAUGACCAGACAUUGAGUGGUAUUUUCUGGUGUCGGUUCAAUGGUAUCGGCUUUGAGCGAGGGAUGCUCGUGUCAACGCAGCGAUAUCACUACACAGAGGUGGGCUUGGUCCGGCCCCACCAGGCAACGACCGCUGUAAAGUCAUCAUUUUUCCGCUCUCGUGUGUGCUUAGGUCAGAUCCAGUUCCACUGCUGUUCACGUGGAUCCCUGCUCCGCUUCGGUAUUGAUACAGCAGAGAGACAUUCAAAACCAUUUGGCAGGGGUCUCAGUUCAGAAUUUGAAAAGAGCUGUUGAUUCUCCUUCUGGUGGACAUCAGAGGUGAUUCAGGUUGACUUGUACUGUAGAGGUGCAACAGUUAGAGGUAUUAUUAAGUUAUUGUUAAAGACAGAACUGAUGUGUAGGUGGCAAAAUGGUGGUUUUAAAGUGAGGCAGUGGAAGUGACGUCGUCAGGCCCAGAGCUGGAAGUGACGUCAUUGGGGUCAGGAGGGAAUUUCCCGUGAGUGGUCUACAGGAGAAAAACAGAAAGAGUGAAUACACUCUGCCCUCACCUGGUCUGGCAUGGAAUUACCUCCAUUUGAGCCCUUUAGCUGACUCCCCUGUGCACGUCUUACUCUACACACAGACACGGGUUCCAAUACCGAACCCUGACUUCCAGCUCAAUUGUGGAAGAGGUGGAAAUUACCAUGAACGGUGUGAUGAAAUGAGUUGGGUUUGGUUCUGGAGGUAAACGAGGAGAAAGUGUUACUGACAGCGCCCUCUUCUGCUUGGUGAUGGUGUUGCCCUUUGCGUAACCUGCCAGCUGUCUCCCUGUGUCUGACAUCAUGAAUAGCGUCGAGACCUUGAGACCACCUGCUAGAGAGAACAGUCUCUGUAGGAUUAAAAUCUGGAUAUAGUGAUUAAUGAAAACGUGCAUAGAACCUAUUUAGUAAAAAUGUAAUGUCCUAGGUGCUAUUUGGACCAUGUGCCAGACAGAGCAAUUUCUACAAGCUAAAUAUCUGGAUGAACAAGGACAACUUUGGUGAAACCUACAUUAUAAAACUAUAUGGGAUCCGUUGGGCCCACAAGCGAGGCCCUUAACCUGAUAAUUACUCCAGGGGUUGCUGUAUACAAUGGCCGACCCUGUGCUCUGACCCCCAAAGGUCAUGUGAAAAGACAAUUUCCCUUCAGGGAUUAACAAAGUAUAUCAAAUCAACAAAUUCCUAUUCUCACAGAGUUAUCAGGAUCACAUCUCUAUACUUUAAAAAUCCAGAUAUACUGAUAAAUGAGGAAAACAUGGAUUGAACUUUCAUUAUAAAAAUAUAACGACCUAGUACCACAGAGACAUCAGAACCACAUGCCAGACAGAGCGAUCUCUUCAGGUCAGACAUAUGGAUAUAGCAAAUUAACAGAACAAAACAGAACCAACAUUGGUAGGGUAUCAGUCCCAAAAGAUUUCUCCAUGUUCAGAAUUUAGGGACAAUACAAGCAAACGCUGUGUACAAUAAGCCAGCACAGUCCUCUAGGCUUGUGACAAACCUGCAGGCCCAAUUAGAAUGCCAGUUUACUACCAUCCGAGAUCGGAUGACAGGCUUCUGGAAAGCAACACUGUUUCAAUUCCAGAAUUAUAUAAAACACUCUUCAUGAGCUUACAAGACUUUGGUAGAAAUCAUUAAAAUAAUGUCAUGACUACAGUUCAUUCUAGACACAGCUGAGUUCCAAAUGACAAAUUGAGAGACUCGUCUCGGAGGUGAAUGUUUAUUUGUGCUCAUCCUGUGGCAAGUGAUUUCUGGAAGUAAGCGAUUUUCACAGCGACGACAGGAUAUCAAAUGGAAACGAUUCCGAACUGAACAUGUUUUGGACCACCACUCUCUGCUGGUUAAUGGAAUGGGUUUCACAUCCAAAGGCCUAUCGUGGCCCAUGUAAGCAUCCCACCCCUUUGGUCAUAUCCAAAUUAGCUCUAAAAAUGAAAAGAAAUAUUACUGGAAAUAUUGUAAGCUUUAUGAAGAGAAAUUGUUUGAAACCUUAAGAGUUGAAAUGAACAGCUUUCCGUAAACCUCAAAACUUAACAAAUUUACCAAAAACCCUUGAACUUGAACUUCCAACUUUGUGAUGUUGUGAUUAAGGACACUCAAUAAGGUGAAAUGGUGUGAGGCCCCAUAAAACACUUCAGGACCCUCCAUUCACUGCAUAGGAAAAGCAUCACCUUAGGCAGCCUGACCCCCAAUACACUCCUUCUGACAUCAGAGUGGGCUAACGGCGGUGCUUCGGUAGUAACAUCAGGAUAUCCCUGCCUCUUGGGCUGAGGGUGUGACCUCACAGUGGCCCUGCCUCUGGUGCCAAUGUGCAAUUUGUUCAAAGAAUAAAAGGUUUUCCAUUCUGUUAGAGCUCAUUAACAGACAGCAUCAUCACAUUUUGAUUGAGGGUGGAGAUCACAGAAUUCCUGAUGUCGUGGGCUUCAAUGGAGACACCCAUGUUAUGUUUCAGCCAGGGACUCAACCCUGGUUUAAGUGUAGUUUCAUUUUUUAUUACUAUUAUUAUUGUGCAUAUUAUUUCAUGGGUUAUGUUCAGGUAAUUUUAUGGUGCCACCUCUUGGGAUGAGGGUGGUCCUUCAGCAGUGACGUCAAAGUAGCACCACCUCUUGGGCUCUUAUUAUUGUGUAUAUCUUGUCAUUGAUGAUAUUUUUGUCAUUUUGUAUGUCAUGUUUUGAAUAUUCUUUAGUUCAUUAAUUAUGUGCCCUGUUCCCUGUAUGUGGAGUGUAAGGUUGUAGAGCCACCAUGACAUUCCAGCUGGAGCUCCGCCCAGUCCUCUAU